AUGGCAUACGAAGACGUCGAAGCGGAUUCCGAGUACUGGUAUCCUACGCACAAUUCACUUUUAACGAAGAUUAGGGUUUGGGUCAGCGUAAAGGGAUAUGGAAAUAGCGACGGGGCUUCCAAAGGCAUACUGGGCGGCCUUUCCGACGGCAAUGACAAAGGUUGCAAGGACGGUGAAGCCAAUGGAAUACCCAACGCUUUCAACAACGGUGCAAUCGAAGGAUUUGACGACAGCGUAGCCGACGUUGCGCUCGAAGGCACUCCCGAUGACAAGGCACUGGAACUACCUGGAGGUGAUGAGGACUUUUGA